UCACAGGGAGAUGACCAGAAAACCGAGCCUUGGUGGCACCGAGGAAGAGAGGGAAAUGGCUCGAUGGAUUGAAGGCCACUGGAAGGACCAGGGACUGGACGAAGUGCACCUCGUUCCAUACCAAGUUCUUCUCUCGUACCCGAGUCCAGAUGUUCCGAAUUUGGUUCGUAUUAUUGACAGCAACGACGAUAAAGCAAUAUGGGUCUCGGCUCCAAAAGCAGAAGAACCUCUGUAUGCUGAAGAGGAUGCCUUACCGGACCUCCCAUUCACUUUCAACGGCUACGCGUUCCCCGGCAAUGUGACGGUAAAAAUGAGUGAUGUAGUUUAUGUCAAUUACGGACGGGAGCAGGACUUUGACUUCCUGGAAAGUGAAGGUGUCGACAUGACUGGCAAGAUCAUUAUUGCAAGAUACGGAAAAAUCUUCAGAGCUAACAUCGCAGAGAUUGCAGAGGCCAGAGGAGCCGUCGGCGUGGUCCUUUUCAGCGACCCUAUAGAUUACUCUCCCGAGGGCUCAAGUUUCGUAUACCCUAAUUCGUACUUCAUGCCCCCUUCAGCUGCUCCGUUCGGCACCGUGAAACUGGUGGACGGUGAUCCCCUCACCCCCUUCUAUCCCGCCACAGAAAGUGCAUUCCACAUCCCAGAAGACGAAGCACAAAUUCCGAAGGUGCCUGUUCAACCUAUCAGCCCUGAAGAUGCGUGGCAGAUCCUCAGCCGAAUGGGAGGCGAGCCAGCACCCGCUCCCAGUGAUUGGCAAGGUGGCUUGAAUUUUACUCGCAAGGCGGACCAGGGAUUCCAGCAGAAAAAUCUGAAACUGAACUUGGAUGUCAAUAACAAAAAUACUCCCACAACAACGUACAAUGUCAUUGGCAUUAUCAAAGGAAGCGUAGAACCGGAUCGAUAUGUAGUACUUGGCAACCACUAUGACGCGUGGAUUUUUGGUGCUGUUGAUCCUCAUUCUGGGACAGCAGCUAUGCUAGAGCUUUCUCGCCUUCUAAUGCAACUUUCAAAGGAAACAGGGUGGCGUCCGAGGAGGUCACUGGUCUUCUGUGCUUGGGGCGCUGAAGAAUAUGGUGUUGUUGCUUCCCUGGAAUGGACAGAACAGUUUGAGAAACAGCUGGCCUCUCGUGCUGUUGCUUACCUUAAUGUCGACAUGGCCAUUGAAGGUAAUUACACUCUCCGGACGAAGUCAGCGCCUAUGUUGUACGACAUCAUCUUCGAAGGUACAAAAAAGAUUCCCAACCCGAACCCGGAAGAAGUGGCUGGAGGGCGAACGACCGUUUACGAUACUUGGGCUGUGAGAAGACCUGACACAGUUCAGCCUGGUCUGCCAUUGAUGCAGUUCAUAGGAUCUGGCAGCGAUUACAAGGGCUUCCAGCAUAACAUUGGCAUUCCAAGCAUGGAUGUGCGAUACACACACGAUAAUGUUACUCUAGGAGAACCAAUGUACCAUACCCUGUACGAGACUUUUGCCCUCGUCGACGAGAUAUACGACAGGGGUUUCCUCUACCAUAAGGCAGUGACAGCUCUCUGGGGGGAUGUUGCCAUGGUGCUUUCGGAGUCGAAGAUACUUCCUUAUUCUCUGGAGGCAUAUGCCGAUUUCAUCAGUAGGGCUUCGGAAGAUAUUAUCAAGACCUAUGGAGAUUUGAUUGCCCAGAGAAAUAUGACCAUGGAGUUCUUCACAGAAGCCGUUGCAAACUUUCAUAAGAUAGUGAAGGAUUUCACCGAAGAACUGAAACAAGUCGACUUGGAAAAUCCACUCCAGGUACGUAAAGUUAACGACCAACAAAUGAUGGUGGAGAGGGCUUUCAUCGAUCCGCGAGGGUUACCUGGGAGACCGGAGUACAAGUAA